GUCACUGCAGCCAGACAGACCGAGAAAACUUGUGACCAAAACAGCAGGAGAACCAGCUCUGCGAUACCACAAAACUGUACCGCAGCGACUCCACAGUCCUUCUUCAAUCCUUUCAUCACCGCCAGACAAGAUGGACUGCGGGAUAUUCACCUCCAAGACCGUCCUCCUCCUCCUCAGCUUGAUAUUUUGGGCUGCAGGAGCAGCGUUGGCCUACGUCGGAGCCUACGUGAUCAAGAGCUAUGACAACUUUGACAGUUUCAUUCAAGACAAGUACACUUUGGUUCCAGCAGCUAUCAUCAUCGCCAUCAGCGUGGUGAUGUUCAUUUUUGGUCUGGUGGGAUGCUGCGCCACAAUCCGGGAGUCCAAAGUCGGCCUUAGCUUUUUCUUUCUGAUCAUCGUGGGGAUGUUUGCAGCUGAAGUGGCUGCUCUGGUAUUUAGCUUCAUCUACCAAGGCAAGAUAAACGCAGACCUGGAGCGCUCUAUGAAUGAAGUCUUCAUAAAGUAUGAUGGACAGGACCCAGAGACCAAAGCUGUUGACUAUCUGCAGGCUCAGUUGCAGUGCUGUGGUGUCAUGAAUUACACCAGCUGGUCCAACACUACCUGGUUUAGAAGCCACAACAACACAGUGCCUCUGUCCUGCUGUAAAAACAGUACCACACAGUGCACUGGCAGACUGGACCAACCAGACCUGCUUAACAUACAGGGUUGUGAGGCGAAGCUGGAUCGCCUCCUACAGGAUGUGUUGGGUUACGCCAUGCUGGUCAUUCUGGCCUUCGCCAUCAUCAAGUUCUUUGGGAUGCUGAGUGUAUGUGUGAUCACCUGUAAAAGUGGCAGCCAGAGGAGCGGCUACCAGCCUCUGUAUGCCUGAAUCACUUCCUGCAACCACCUACCACCUCCUCAUUUUGCUUGUCUAGGUUAGCUGACCACUCACUCAGCAGUGUACAAGUUUUAUUUAGAUAAUGGCAUAUAAAGUAUACACAAGUGGCAGACCUUGUCCCAAUCUAAAGUGGAUCUUACCAGAGCAUUCCUCCACAUAUGAAAUCAGCACAAAUGUUCCUCUGACUUGUUAAAUACUUUUGCUGAAUGUUUAUGAUAACGUUUUCCAUAUGUUUGAGUAGCCAAAGGUUUCUGUACUGUCUGACUUCAAACUAUAUUUUAAGCUUUAUUGAUUGUAAACGAAAGGACAGCGGUUUAAUGCCUAUAUAUAUAAUGCAUAUAUAUAUAUAUAUAUAUAUAUAUAUAUAUAUAUAUAUAUAUAUAUAAGUUUUAUGGUCAGUUAACUGUAUUAAAUUAAGCUACAGUUCUACAUAGAUAGACUUUGGUUGUGUUUAUGUGUUUCUAAAUUAAAAAAGUGAACAUUUCACAAUAAUUUGGAGUUCAGUCCAGUUAUAUCACAUUAUUGUAUUUUACUGUUUGUGUUUUUAACAUUUUGUAAUUUACCAUAUUAAUAAAUAUUUAUAGAUAGGACAUGCUGACAGUUGCUCACAUAUUAUUAUGUGUUAUUAUGAAACUAGGAGGACACAGCAAACAGUUGCAGAGUGUACAUUCAGAGCACAACAUUAAACAUGCCCCACGUCAUGUCUUACCUCCUGACUCUGCUGAUAAAGAGGCCCUUAGUGCCGUACAUACAGAAGAUAGGAGUGUUCAUCUUACAUAAGUCUUGUCAGUGUUCAUAAAGAUAACUGAGAAUUCAAUUCAAUUUUAUUUAUGGUGUCAAAUCCUAACAAUAGUUAUCUCAGGACACUUUCCAAAUAGAGUAGGUCUAGACAACACUCUACAAUUUACAAAGACCCAACAAUUUCACCACCAAAGAGCAAGCAACUUCCUUUUAACAGGCAGAAACUUCGGACCGACCCUGAGUCUUGGUGAGCGGCCAUCUGCCACUGACGGUUGGGAAUGUAAACUUGUGUCCAGGUUCAUUAUAGUCAUCAAUCAUCACAGAGCACAGAUUAAAGGAUAAAUCACCUGUUGAUUUUAACUAACCUAAUCCAUUAGUUUAAUUAAAAUGUAAAGUAUCUCUUGACCUUUCUUUUUAUUAAUGAUACAGUCAAACCAACCAUGUAUCAAGCUAAUUGUUUCCCCUUCUGCCAGUCCCAACCUCUGUAAUGAAAAAAUAUCCAUUAGCAUCAACUGCAACACUUUUGUUAGUGUAGUUGCAGUAACAAAGAAAGACCUGCAGGGGGUGUAAAAGAACCUGCUCUGAAUUAAAGGUCUAAACCAGCAGUUGUGGCGGUGAAGGGACCCCAAAAAAACAACUUUUAAUAUUUACUCGCUGCAGAGGUAGUAAAUUAGUUAUAAUAUAAAGGACACAAUGCAUGAAUGUAGAAAGUCUGUUUUCAAACAAUGGAAUAAAUAUGAUUUUUUUUUAUGUUUUAAA